AUGCAACGAGUUCCAUAAUAUAUUCAACGACCAGUGAUUUAAGAUUCUUUUAGAUAAUCCUUCAAAUAAACAUCAGAUAAAGAAAAUUCCUGCAUUUAAUUACAAAAACGAAAACCCAUAUAAGCUUACCCAUAAUAUCAAUCUACUUAAGUAUUAUAAAAGGCUGAGAUACGUCCUAAUUCUUCAUAACCUAGAUAGCCAUCUAUUUAGAUAGUUCCAAGACCAGCUUCAGCAUCUAUAGAUAAGGGAGCUUUUUCGAAUUAAAAAUAACCAUGCAGAUCUUCUUUUAAAGAAUUGAAAAAUUCAACAUAUAUUUCACCUUAAUUAGCUACUCCUUAAUCUAGAUAUUAUUCAUAAAAAUAAUUACCAGAUACUCAUCUAAUUAAAUGCCCAUCUGAUUAAUUAUUGCCAAACAAAUAAAUUGAUUAAUAAGAAUAUUAGAAAUUACAUGAUAAAUUACUAUUCUUAGAAAAUAAAAUCAAUUUAAUUAAAUCAAAUAUAGACAUUAGCAAUUCUUAAUUGUAAAAAUAAUCUGAAAGAUCAAAACAAAAGCCAAUUGGAUUAGCAGCUAAAUUUUUUUAAAAAAAAGAUCAAGAAAAUAUUGAACCAAAAGGAAAUAUAGCUCUUAAAGAAUUAACAAAAUGUUCAACAUCUUUAAAUUUAUAAAUUAAUAAAGCAUUAAAACAUAGUUAAGUGAUUAAAGAAUAAGAUUAGCCUAGUAUAAAUUUAGAUUAAUUUGUCACAUAAGUAAAGUAAAUUAAAAAGCCUAUUCUAUAAUAAUCAUCUUUAAAUAGGCAUUAAUCAUUAGGGAUUAAUAAAUCAUAUAAUUAAGUGACUAAAUCAAUUAUUAAUGAGAAAUCUUAUUCAUCUUAAAAACCUUCUAAAAGUGAUAAUGUAUUCAUAUUUUCUAUCAUAGUUUCUAUAUUACAUUUCUAGUGUAGCCAGAAGCAUGUUAAUAUAACAACCAAAUAAAAUAGAUGAAGUAAUUAGAGAUCAUAUAAUUUAAACAAUAUAAGUAAUAGAUUUUUUACAAUUAAAAGGGUUUAGAAUAUGCUAGGAAUUUAUAAUUUGAAUUCUAGGAAGAGAAAGUUGUUAAUUUACCUUAAAUAAACAAUUUAAAAACAUUAGUGUUUGAUUUGGAUGAAACUUUGAUUCAUUGUAAUGAGAGUGUUUCUGUCCCUGGUGAUAUAAUUUUACCAAUUACAUUUCCAACUGGAGAGACUAUAUAAGCUUCUAUUAAUAUUAGACCUUUUGCUUAAUAAAUACUUUAAACUUUGUCUCGACAUUUUGAAAUUAUAGUUUUUACAGCAUCUCAUUCUUGUUAUGCAAACAUUGUAUUAGAUUAUUUAGAUCCAAAGAAAUAAUGGAUCAGUCAUAGAUUAUUUAGAGAACAUUGUAUACAAACAGAUGAAGGAGCAUAUGUUAAAGAUUUAAGGUAAAAUAAUCAAUACUAUUUUCAAGAGUUCUUGGAAAUCGAAAAAUGUCAAAUAUUUUAUUAAUUGAUAAUGCAAGUUAUUCAUUUGGAUAAUAAAUUGAUAAUGGAGUUCCUAUAAUUGCUUUUUAUGAUAAUAAGUAAGAUUAGGUAAUUUUGUAGUUGAUCUUUUAGGAAUUACUCUAUCUUCAAAAUUAUUUAAUAAAAUUCAGAGUAGUGACUGAUGUAAGAGAAUUGAAUUCUUAGUUAUUAAAAGUGAGUUCAUUCACUAAUUAUUAAGAUCCAUUACUAUUAUUGUAAGAUUUAUUUUCAGAAUAAAUACCAAAAUGA